ACCGGGGUGGGGAGGCGGUUCCACUCCGGCGAGGCAAUCAGCUGGAGGAGAGCUCCUGGCUCUCAGACACUCCCCGCCUCCCUUUAGCACCCCUAGCUCCCACCACUCCCCCUACCCGGGGUUCCUGGGGCCGUCCGGAGCCUCCUCCGCCCCUCCCCGAUAACUCCUUACCCAGCCGGGAUAGCCCUUCCCCCAGUACUCAGGUCUGCAGCUCUGCCAUUCCGUCAUCGCCCCUGCACUGCACAGCCCAGUUGUCUGGAAGGGGUGGGACGCACAGACAAGAAGACAGACAGACAGACCCCCCCCAAGUCUUGGGGGAGACAAAGGCCUGGUGGCUGGGAUACGGGGGAUUCCUGGCCUCGGCCCCCUGGGGGAAGUCAGUGGGGAGGCUGCCCCUGGCGGCGAUGGCUCUCCAGGUUCCCGUGACCUUUGAAGAUCUGGCUGUCAAGUUCUCUUCUGAUGAAUGGCAUCUCCUAGAGGAAUGGCAGAGGGAAUUUCAUCGGGAUGUGAUGAGGGAAAACUAUGAGACACUGGUCUCCCUGGGGACAGCUCAGCUGCUUCCACUCUCUGCAUUCCUAUCCCUGACAGAACCCCAAGAGGAUAUGGGGGACAGUGGCUGUUCUGAUGGGGAAUGGGAGAGGCCUGGUGGAGGACUCCAGGGAAAAGAGCUGGAGAUCUCUGAUGCCGAUGCCUGUGCAGAUACCACCCAGAGGGCUCAAGCCUUGGAUGAGGCACAGAGCUCAGGUGGGGCAGGUGAAGUGGGUCAGCAACAGGGCAGCCUUCACCUCAAUGCCCUAGUCCGUUUGGUGAAGGAGAUUCCAGAGUUCCUAUUUGGUGAAACCAAGGCCAUGGAUACCCCAGAGACCCCUGAGAGCAAGGAAAGUGGUUCAGAGGGGGAGAGACUGAGCUUGGAAGCAGCCAUGACUGUGGAUGCCAGCCCCCUGCAGGGCUUGCUGAACUGCCUCCCAGAGAUCCCUAUCAGCAGGCCUGCCUUGGCUGUCACACCUGCCAGCAGCUCAUCUAACAGCAGUCUACAAGGGGAUGGGGACCAAGAGCUGAGGACCCCAGAGCUGGGACCCCAGACCCUGUACUCCUAUGAACCGGCUGCCAAAACUGGUCCCUUGGACAUCAGCAGGAAUCCUAGUGGGAAAGAAAAUCCAGAAACAUCAGCUAGCCAGUCGAAUACUCCUGGUUUCACUGGCACUCAGAAACAGAAGCAAUUGGGGACCAUGAGACAAGGAAGUCCUUCUGAGAGCAGCCCUCUCCAAGGCCUUGUCAACUGCCUGAAGGAAAUUCUCGUCCAAGGACCCCAGCAACCCCGGCCUCUUGCUACCAGAUCACUUCCUCAAAGCAGCCCAGGGGAUAUGAGACUAAAGACCCCAGAUCAAGGACCCAGGGACCCACCCUGGGCUGUGAAGGCAGAAACCAUUUCAGAGAAUUCCCCACUCCAAGGCCUGCUGAACUGUCUUAAAGAGAUUCCAGAAAGUCAAGCCAGAUGUGCUGGUCUCCCAGGAGGAGGAGUGCAGCAGCAGAUAGGUGGUCCAGGGACUUGGCAGAAGGGUUCUGGAGUUAAGAUAGAAGGAACCAGCGAGGAUACUUGGGCCCACAGCCCUCCGAGCUACAUCCCUGACACUCCUACUCCUGUGUUCAGCAAGCUCAGUGCACAUACCCAUGGCUCUUCCACUAGUAGCAGCGUGGAGGGUGAUGGGAACAUCGGGGGUCCAGAGGGGCCAGGUUGGACCCCAGUGAACCAAGCUGGCAGUGCCCAGAGCUCACCCUUGGAGGCCCUGGAAACCUAUCUGAAGGACAUCCCCCUGAACAGAUCAUUCCGACCACAGCCACUGAGCAGCUGCUGGUGCCUGAGCCCUGGGCAGGUGGAGACAGUUCAGCGAAGGUCUGACCCACGGGCCUGGAAGUGGCACAUGGAGGCAGUGACCACAGGUUCUCUCCCUCCGCUGGGGCCACAUGGCUGUGUGAAGGAUCUCUCUGCUCGCCGCCUGGGCCACCUUAACACCCCCAGUAGCUUCUCCUCAGCCAGCAGCACAGAUGGGGACCUGGAUCUCAGAAGCCCAGAAGGGAGUCGGGGUCGAUGGUGCAGAGAAGCAAGUCCAGUUGGGAGCUCUCCCCUCCAGGGCCUGGAGAACUGUCUGAAAGAGAUCUCCACAAACAGGCCCCACCUCAGCCAGCCUGCCUCGUUGGCACCAGCGGGGGAUGGGAAAUCGAGAAGAGUGGAACCCAGGUGCUGGACUUCAGACAAGGAAGGACUGGGGGGUGAGCCCCAUGACUCCCUCUGCGAGAGGCAAGGUGGAAAGAAGGCGCCUUCAGAGAGUCUGAACCCUGGCAGCCCACAGACCGGAGUCUACAGUAGCUCCUUUGCUCUCCACCACACUGGGGACAGAGACAAGACAACUGAAGCAGGGCCUUGGAAGUGCCUUGGGGAAGGGGCAGCCUCCAAGCCCUCUCCACUUCGAUGUCUGGAAAACUCAUUGAGGGGGAUCUUGGCCAUGAGGCCCCUACGCUUCACCUGUCUGGCCAGCCCCAGUCUUAGUUCCAGCUCUAGCCCCAGCUCCAGACACAGCAGCAGCAGCAGCAGCAGCAGCGGUGGCGGUGGCUCAGAGGGAGAAGAGCAGAGGUUGGAGCCUGAGCUGUGGAGAGCUCGUCUCAAGGAGUGUUCCCUCUUCCCCAUCCCUCGGGGGCCUGUCUCUCAGGCCAGCAGCCAUCCCAGCCCCCUCACGAGCAGUACCGAUAGCCCCACAACAAACAAAGAUCAGAGGAGGACCGAGCCUGGGGACUGGAGAGCUCUCAAUGCAGCUCUGAAAGCAGAGGAGACUUUGGGCUAUAGCCCCAGGCUCCAUGGGAAGGAUGUGCCUGCAGAGACCUCCGGUGGGUUGCACACCCCUGGCAGCACUGAAACAGGGCCAUCUGCUGAUCCUUGUUCUGCCCCUGACCUGGAAGAAGCUCCUGAUGUGCCAACUCCCUGCCCCUCUUCUGGAGGGCCUGAGGUAGAUGAAGAAGCUGAAGGCCCGAAGGCUGUGCCUGGAGAACUGAGUGUCGCAAGUCCCAAGGAUGCUAAGCCAGACACACCAGAGACAAAGGUCGGGGACUUGACAGGACUUGUACUGGAUGCUGAAACUAUCCCCCAGUCCAUUCCACCAGAAACACCUGAAAACAUCCAGAGCUGGGUUGGCACUUCUGCCCUGACCUCCCAGGAUGCUCCAUCACCACCAAGGCCAGAUAGAGGGAAAAAGCGCCUGUGUUCUCUGGGUGAGGCUGCUGCCAACUGUUCUGCAGCUCAGAUGGGCAGGAGAAUCUCAAACCAUCAGAUUUAUGGCUCAAGCGAGACCCCUAGUAAGACCCCACGACUGACUUUGCCCCCAGUAACUAAUGGCCCUUCCGCCUUGCCAGUUAAUUCCCCACAGUCUUGUUGCCACUGUGGGGAUGCCCUCCGGGGAGAGCUCCACAACCUGGGUGCUGCCCUCACAGAGCAGCUGACUCGCCUCUCCUCUGCCCUGGUCACCCUGUCCCAGGACAUGUCAGCCAUGAAGAACCGCAUGAAGUUGCUGGGGCGGAACUUCCGAUCACACCAAAGGCCAGGAAGGGGAUCACGACCCUGGACUCUGUGCCGGAAAUACCAAAGGUGCUGUCAUUCUGUUCGAAGACAUCGACUGGGACAAAAAAAGCCCACUCAGCAACAAUCCCUACAAUUUGGGGGGCCGCCAAAAGGUCUAGAGGUUGGUGAUACCUCAAACUUCUUACAGCGGGAGCCCCAUGUGGUGCCACAACUGCCUCCAGAUGCUCCCCCAGUUGGAACACCUGUGGGACUGACUGCCCCCUUUGACCCCAAUAGUGGCUCUUCCCCCUCCUCUCUCCUCUUGUCCCUUACUUGCUCUACAUUGCCCACUGUGCACUCACCUCAAAGACAACUGGAGGUCUACCAAAGCCCACCCCCCACGCCAGUUGCCAUAUCAUCUUCCCAAAUUGCCCCUCCUCCAAGCCCAGAGGAAGGGUUCAAAUCCUGGCAGGAGCUGGAGCAGUACAAGUGGAAAUCUGCAGUGGACACAGGGAUGAAGGGAGCCUGGUCCCAGCAAUCCAGAGAGCCCUCCAGUAGGAGGCCUGGGGAAGUGAGCACAAAAGCCCAACAUGGAGGACCUGGCUAGCUAACAGGAAAGCUCAUUAGCUGAAUUCCUGUGGGAGGCAGAUGCCCUUCUUCAGUGGUCCCCUCUGGGGGGGGGGCAGUGCUCAAGAGGAGUCCUCCCCCACUCCACCCCACCCCCUGUCCUUUGGCUGCACAUAGGUGGUGGGGUUCCUGCCUGUUAUUCUCAGUCCUAGUCUUUCCCAGGCAUUUCAGGGACAUUUUCUUCAGAGAAGAAGCAACUAUUUGGGAAUGUUUUCUUUCCCUUUUCCUUAGAUUAAGCUUCAAUGAAAUCUUGAUUACAUGUUUCUCCUCACCAUUAUCCCUUUGUCCAAGAACUGCCAAAGUAAACACAAGAUAGAGUCUGUGUAUUUAUGUCACCCAAGUGGCUGCAUAACA